ACAAAACAAAAAUGAAAGUGUUGACGGAACCGAUAGAAUCAUCGAAGACACAGAGGCGGAGGAGCUAUGGCGCCGCUUUAUGUAUCGGCAUCGCUUACGUCGCCGUUGCCACUUCUCUCUCUGCCACUAUAUUCACCGUCGCUAAACAGAGCUGUUACCAAGUCUAUUGGUUGCUCUUUCGUCUCCGUUCAACGCUUCCCUCUGAGCCGUAAGACGAGGAAGCAGUUGCAGGUGGUGUCUAUGGCUCCUGAGGAAGAGAAGCUCACUCGUCGCAACCCUCUCGAUUUCCCUAUCGAAUGGGAGAGACCAAAGCCAGGGAGGAGACCAGAUAUAUUCCCCAAGUUUAGUCCUAUGAAGUCACCGUUGCCUCCUCCAAUGCCUUACGAUCCUCCGGAAGAAGAUGAUGAAGAGGAAGAGAAGAAAGAAGAAGAAACAGAAGACGACCCUGACAAGGAAGACGAGGACCAACCCAAUAACCUGUAGUAAGAAAAACUCAUUUCUCAAACUGUUGCUGUUGUUGUUAUUGUUGUCUUGUCUUAGAAACCUUAGUGGAUCUUAUUUCACGUUAAAGAGAUAAAAAAAAAAAAAAAGAUAUUGUCAACCCACAAAAAAAUGUUGGUGGAAGCUUACAUCUGCUGUAGUAGACUCGCUUUCUGCAAACGAUUUUUUGAAUGUAUUCUCAAUAAAGCUCCUCGUAUUUUAUUGUUUAAA